AUGAAGGGGAUCGCAGCCGGAGGUGCGCCACACCAAAACAAACGUGUUAUGAGGAAACCGAGAGCGAUUAGGGUACGUUUGCGGGGACUUUUCCCGAAGAUUUUCAUUUUUUGGAGGCUACGCCGAACCAGAACUGUUCGAAUCAGACCCAAUUGGCACUGAAAAUAGUUCUGAUUCGGGACAGUUCUUGCUCGGCGUAGCCUCACCUUUUUUCAACUAGUAGUGGUAACAACUUUUAGGGAAUGCCCUCCUCAACUGCUCACCGUCGCAAGAACGUCUCCUCAACAGUGCCGUCGACUUCCAACCUCAAAAAGAAGGUGCAAGUGGUCGAACCGCUGCCUAGUCAAUCACAGAAUGCGUUGGCCGAUUCGCGGAAAGCGGCAGAAGUGGAACGGCGGCUGGGAGUGGUCGUGCUGCACAAAGAGCGACUGAAGGAGCGGGCGGACAAGUUGAGCGGCGAACUGAGCAAAACCCGUUCAGAGCUGAAUGCGACACAACAGGAGCGCGGACGUAUGCAGCAGUUCUGGAGGAUCGCCGAGAGCGGACUGGACGAGGAGAGGGAGCGGACGCGGCAGGUCGAGAAGAGCAUGUUCCAGAUGAAGACGCAGCAGGCGGAGCAGGUCCAAAAACUGCAACAACGAAUCCGAAGCCUGGUAUAUUAUGCGAAAAUGCACCGGAACGCCUCGACGGAAACUGAGCCAAUUCCUCCGUGCGGAAGUCUUCGGAGCAUGGAAUCGCAGACGAUGGAGGAGCUCACAAAGGACAAGGCGUCGAAAAUUCUGAGAGAAUCCGACGACCUCCUGCUCGCGUUCAUUUCGGAACUCGAGAAGGGGAAGCUGGAGGCGCAGAGCGAGCUGAAAUACGCGAUCGUUCAUCUGGAGCAGCGGAUGAAAGAGGAGAAGGAGGUGCAGAUGGAGGCGAUGAAGGAGGAGCGGGAGACGGAGAUCGAGGAGAUCGGACUGAAGCACAUGGAGCAGAUACGGACGAUUGAGUCGGCGAACAACGAGCAGACCGCCAUGAUGCAGGGCAAGAUUGACUUUUUGCAGGUGAAUCCCUAGAAGUUUUUUGGACUUUAAGCGAAAUGUUUCUUCCAGAAUGAAGUUUCCACCCUCCGGGAUCUCCGUGAUUCCCUUUCGAUAGAUCUGGUGGAUGCUCGUGAAAAACUGACGGAGCAGGCAGUGCUAUUGGGCCAAAACAAGGCGAGCAUUGACGAGAUGAGCAAGGAGAUCGCACGACUUCAGGAAUACAAACGCAACUUUCAGGUUUGUAGAGAUAUUAAAAAAAAGUGGUCAACUAAUGAAAUGCUCACAUUUUCGUAGUUGAUAACUUUUUGAUAUCUCCACCGACAGCGGAGAUAUAUCGUUUUAAAUGAACGGAAUUUCCAGAGAGACAUGCGAAACGUGGAGAAUAUGCGAAAAGAGGUGGAAAAGUACAAGGAGAUCAACGAGAUUGUGAUGGGCGAGUUCGGAAAAAUCGAGAAAGAGCGGGACGAGCUUUUGGUGGAAGUGGAGAAGAGUUUGGGCAGACUCGAGGUCAGCAACCAGAAGCGAUUCGCAGAUAUCGGAAAGCGAAACUGA